UCCUGGAGCCUGAGUGCACCAGGAAAGUGACCUGGGUGUAGAAUCUUCCAUCCGCCCAGUACUGAGAGUCGGUUGCACUGGGGCGACACAUAUGCAGUCGCCCAAGGACACCGCGCGGACAGUCACGCUCAGGGCUACCUAGAGGGGAAUUCUGAAAGUUGCAAUCCGAACUACUGAAGAUCAGCAGCCAGGACAGGUGACAAGUGAAGGAGGCUGCAGUCAGGUGGGCGCGUAGCGGCAGAGUGGACCCAAAGGAGUUUGCCUCUGCAGUGAAGACAGCAUUAAGGAAUGAAAAGGGCGAUUGCCGGCUUGUACAGGCACCACCUGUCCAACCCCCAUAAUGAUUGAGCAUGCAGACAUCCAGGUCAAGAGUUACAGUGUGAGCUCCAGGGAGAGGUACGUCUGCAACUCUGGGUUCAAGCGGAAAGCUGGUACAUCCACUCUGACGGAGUGUGUGAUCAACAAGAACACAAACGUUGCCCACUGGACAACUCCCAACCUCAAGUGCAUCAGAGACCCCUCCGUGCCAACAGUAGUGACACCAAAGGUGACCUCACAGCCAGAGAGCCCUUCCCCUCCUGACAAAGAGCCAGAAGCUUUCUCUCCCAAAUCAGAUACCACAGUGGCCACAGAGACAGCUAUUAUGACUGGUUCCAGGUUGACAGCAUCCCAACCACCUUCUGCAGAAGCGACAGGUACAGGCAGUCACAAGUCCUCCCAAGCCCCAUCUCUUCCAGCAACGACCUGGGAGUCUACAAACUCUACUUCCCUCGGGAUAACAGAGAUUUCUCCAUACAGUUCCAAAAUGACAAAAGUGACCAUCUCCAUCUCGGUCCUCUUGGUUGGUGCAGGGGUUGUGGCGGCUUUCCUGGCCUGGUACUUCAAAUCAAGGCAAACUUCUCAGCCGUGUCCUGGUGAGGUGGAAACCAUGGAAACGGUACCAAUGACUGUGAGGGCCAGCAGCAAGGGGGACGAAGACACAGGAGUCUAACCACACAACUUCAGAAACUCAGGAAGACCUGCGCAGCUGGGUCUGAAGGGAAGACAAGGGUGGUUAGUCCAGCUGCGCCUGGACACAGGAGAAAGCCUUGUAAUAAUAGAAGUCUCUGGUAUGAUCUGUUUUACUGAG